AUGCCCACUCUCACCGAGAUAUCCGAAGUCGUCGGCGGCCUCGUCGGCCCCUGGGUCUUCCUCUCCUACUCCUUCUACUACCUGCCCGGCACCAUCCUCCGCCUCCUCCGCUCCGCCGACUUCGCUACCCUGACGUCCCCGUCCCGCCUCCAGGACGCCUGGUUCUCCGCCUUCUGGGGCUGGGCCGGCCCCAACAUUCGCGAGGGCAACUCGGACCGCAUGGUCGCCCUGCUCGAGGGCCGCGUCACCCGCGGCGACGUCGUCGAGGACCCCGUCCACCCGCCCGUCAGCGGCGUCGUGCUGGAGAUCGGGCCCGGGUCCGGCCUGUGGGUGGACCUCUUUUCGAAGCGCGGCGAGAAGCCUGACGCGUCCCGGAAUCGUGGUGGCGGCGGCGGCGGCGGCAGUAGCAGAAACGGUGGCGUGAGGCGCAGGGUCGCUGAGGGCGUGACCAAGGUCUACGGCGUGGAGCCCAACACCGAGGUCCACCCCGCCCUCAAGAAGCGGGUGCAUGACGCCGGGCUCGAGGACACAUAUGAGAUCGUCCCCACGGGCAUCGAGUCGCUCUCCGACCCGACGGUGUGGGGCGGCAAGAUCGAGAAGGGCAGCGUCGACUGCAUCGUCUCCAUUCUCUGCCUUUGCAGCAUUCCCGAGCCUGAGAGGAACAUCAACGAACUGUAUUCGUAUCUGAAAAAGGGCGGACGCUGGUAUUUGUUUGAACACGUCAAGGCGACACGCAGCUGGCCCAUCCGGCUUUAUCAACGUGUCGUUAACCUCGUCUGGCCGCGCGCCUUGAACGGCUGUCAGCUGUGUCGCAGCACGGAAAAGACAUUGAGGUCCGCUGGACCCUGGCAGGACAUUGACCUCUUGCAGCCCCCAUCCGAGCCGUGGUUUCAAGUGGUGCCACACAUCCUCGGAACACUCACCAAGUAA